AUGACACUGCAUACACCAAGCCAGAUGAGGCCGAGUCUCUCGAGUCUCAUCGCAUCACAAUUGAACAAUGCCUUGGUUGGACGCGGAAUUCAGGGAAUGGAGCUGUCAGACGGGCACAUGUGGAUUUCCAGAGAGUCUACGUACCUUUCGCCGCUGCGGGUCCUCCAAGUUCCUAGGAACAGCGCCAAACAAAAAGGCCUCACGCAAGCCAGGCGUGGGGCAGACUCAAACGGUCUGCUCUUCAGCAUCGAAUUCCACGAAAUCGCUCUGUCAGUCUCUCGCUUCUGCAUUAUCGAACCAAUGCCAGAUGAGAUCAACGGCGUGCCUGCGCCGACAUUAUUCUAUGGGUCCAGUAGUAUCGGCAAAGGCCUUGGCUCUCGUAUCGAGACUCGAGAGCAUGCAGUCGUUGCUGGCCCUCUACCUGAGAUACACGCCGAAGGCCGUCAAUUCGACUCACGCUUCGCUCCUGUUGCUCGCCCCGUGUUCCCUCGCAGCUAUUGGGACAACGUCACGGCGACCGACACGACUCCAGCCCCAAAAGCGCAUAAACGCUCCUACCCCGCCGGACCCUCAGCGUCCGCCUACGUCUUCCAUGCUAGACACUUCGGCCCAGAGGCCUAG